AACAAAACAUUGCAAUCACGGGUCGACGGUGGUCGGAUCAGAUUUUGUCCUUCGCCGACUUGACGUGUUGGCAGAUGAAUCAUCAUCUGAACCGUUUCUUUGUUCUCUAAAGUCCACACUCAUUUAACAACUGCCCACCUUAAUAACCAAACAUCGCCAAAGCCGGAUGCUGUGUUGCCUACAGUUCAUCAUCUCCUCCCUCCCCCACGCCUGGUCACAACCUCGCAUUCAAUCUGACAUCUGCGCGACUUUUGAUUCAUCAUGGCCACUCCCCGUGGCUGCGGGGGCCUCGAUGAGUUGCGUCCGAUAUGCAGCGGACUAAGAGACGUGGAUGGUUAGGUUGCCAGCACAGCGCAUGAGUUGAUGGAGAGAUCAUCCUUGCAGUGCAAAAAUAAUACCUUUUUCUGUGUGGACGGGGGCUCUCCUCUCCUUGGCUUCACGGAGAGAGGGUCCGAUGGGUGAGAUGUGGUCUUGUUACAUUGUCUCCUCCCCGACAGGUGCCAGUGCUUAUUUUUGGCAGGGAUGUGGAUGGUAAGAUCGGCCAUGUCAGUCCAAUCCUGGACAAGCCCAGCCUCCAAAGUCUCUUUACCCGUCCUUCGACGGAUGGCACUUUUGGAUUUGCGCUUUCUUCUUGCGACUCUGACAUCUCUGCCAGAAAGAGCCAGUUACUCCGUUCGGUCAUGUCCGUGUCCGCGUUCCGGCGCUGACAAGAAAAACCACAAGAAAGACAAGGCAAAAGUCUUUGCCCCGAGCCUUAUCCUCAUCCAACCCGAUCAACUGGUCCAAUCAACUUGAAACCUCAUGCGAGAUCGCCGUGAUUCCAACUGCCUGGGCCACUUAGCGGUUGUGGCUGUUGAUAGUCUGUGAAACGAAACACCACCAACGAGCUCCUGUUGGUUCGUCUGCUUCUCAGUCAAAGCUACUGGUUCUUUGUUAGAGAAAACUUGACAGCUUGCAUCUUGACUCGGCUGUUCAUCUAUUUCCUCUACCGUCAUCGGUUACCGUCCGUCCCAUCGGGUGCAGAAGCUGAAAGGGCCUGUUCGGAGCAGUGUCUACACCCUGGUCCAGUCCCAGGUCGAUCCCAGAUCAAAAAACUCCUCGAGGUCAGCCCUUAGCAACAGAAUAUCCACCUGUUUACCGCUCUGAAAAUUUCCACACUUGAAGUGGAUGAACCAUUUUCAACGGUCAGCCUAGCUCCUCAUCAUUUAGCGGCAGAAUCAGGCUCCAGAGGAUUGAGGCUGAGUAGAGAGAUAUGGAGUGAUCCUGGUCAAAAGCAAUGUCCUUACAGAACGGUGUCAGCUCGGAAGCAUAACCCUGACCGUAGCCAACGCAUGCAGAGCAUGCUGCACCGCAGUAAGAUGGUGUCCAUGUUCGCAUGGGCGGCCACCGAAGAGCAUGGAUGUAUCUCAAUGGCUCUUUAACCCUCUAACCGACGAAUGUGCUGUCUUGACAUGAGGAACAGCUGAUCCCUCAGCCCUACCCAUUCCCCAUCCCUCCGAUCUCAACUGGUCUCAGUGGCGAACGUUUGUUCGACAGAGAAUACUGUCCACUUGCCUUCCAUCUUAGCAUUGUGUCUUACAGACCGUUUUGGAUUCUCUCUGUACCGUUUGCUUUCUCAUCUUACAAUCAUUUUGCCUUUGCUUCUAACUCCCUGAUCCUUGCCCACUCAUUCUACGUGCAUAUUGCACAAACCCACCAAGCAUCGAGCUGCUCGGACACUUUAGUGAUCUUUGAUUCUAGGCCGAGGCUGUUUCUUUGUUCAAUAGGGAUUGCUUACCUUCCCGAACUAGCCUUGUUACUUGUGUACACUUUGCCUCCCAGCGGAUAUUCGGUCUCUUUGCCGGUCAUUGGGAGCGUCUUUAGGACAGAAUAAGCAAUGGUCCACUAGCAUCUUCUUGCAGUUAAUUUCUUUCAAACACCUGCUCUGUGCGACGCCCUCUGAAUAGCUCAUGAUUGCAGUCAUGAUGUUUCGAAACGCUGCACCGUGGGCAUUCCUGGCCGCGACCAUAGGUCCAGCCGUCGCCCAGUUUGAUGCCUGGCAAGAUGGCCAAAUCAGUACUGAAAUAUGUAUUUGGAAGCAGCCAAGAGCAAUUAUGAUUCGGGAUAUGGUGUAUCUAGACGGCGGUGAUAUAAAAUGGACUGCACAUAUGAAUGAUGGCAAAACAGUUACGGGACUUGACACAGGUAACAAUGAGGGUAUUAUCCUCAACUUCAAUCUGAGCACUCCAUUUAAUACGACGACGAAUGUGACGCAGAUUCUUCUCGACAAACCAGCCAUGUCAAAAGCACGAGGCGGUUCAGGAAACAGUAACGGCGCUGCGCCUAACUUUAUCGACGGCGCUCUUCUUGGUAAUGAUGCUGAAUUCUUUCUUUACGGUGGCGACCUGUUGCGAAACGACGACUUGUACCAGGCACCCGAUAAGGAUGAAGUUUUGGGCUACCAGGCAUACCAGUAUGGACCGGACAAGCCGACAUGGAAGCCAAGUUUUGUUGAUGACAAGCUGGACAAAGACGUCACUAGAUACGUCGCGUAUGGAGGAGCUGCAAAUGUACCAUCUGAAAACCUUGCGUUCUAUUUCUCUGGCCUGAGAUCACCGACAUAUGGAGCUUUCUUCACGAACGAUCCCAAGAACAAGGCCACGAAUGUUUCCGACACGCUGAUUACCUUGAACAUGGAGGAGCAGCUCUACGAAACUUGGACCAACACAACGUUGAAAGGGCCCAAGGGACGUGCCAAUGCAGAGGUCGUUUGGGUGCCUGUGGGCAAGAAAGGUAUUCUUGUUGUCCUGGGAGGUGUUGUCUAUCCUGAAUGGGCAGGACGAAGUGGCAAAUCCGCAAAUGAGACAGAGAGUGAAAAGCAAAGCCCUGAGUUUAUGCAGACAAUCGACGUCUACGACAUAGACAGCAAGAAGUGGUACAAGCAGGAAACCAAGGACGGUCCAGGCGCACGAACUCGAGGAUGUGCUGUUGUCGCUACGGCUUCAGAUCGUUCAAGUUUCAAUAUCUUCUACUAUGGCGGGUUCGAUGGUAUUCAUCCAUUGGACGCUUACAGUGAUGAUGUCUGGGUACUCUCGUUGCCAUCCUUCACGUGGAUCAAGAUUAAUGAAGGAAAAUCUCUUCAUGCUCGCGCCGGACACAAGUGCUUCAUGCCAUACCCUGACCAAAUGCUUGUCUUUGGUGGUUACACGUCUCAAGCUGGAAGUUCGAUUACUUGUCUUGACCAGGGCCCAAUUGUGAACUUUAACGUCACCAGUGGACAGUGGUUGGACGGAUAUGAUCCUGACGAGUACAGCGAUUACGGCGUUCACGAAAAGAUUCAUUCUGAAAUCGGAGGUGAUGCCAAAGGUGGCGCAACGGCGACUGCCCCUGCAGACGGCUGGUCGACAUCCGCCCUUGAAGAUAUCUUCGGCACUAAAUACGACACCAAGAAGAUCAAGGAAUACUGGCCUUAUACCAAGGCAGUCUCAACCGGCAGACCUCGACUCGACAGCGGCGACAGCAAUGAUGACGACAACAAGAGCGGCGGCUCUGGUCUUCCAAACUGGGUUGCACCAGUUCUUGGAGUCGUUCUUGGACUGAUGUUUGUGACCGGUAUCCUUGUUGUCUUCUGCCUCUGGCGCCGUCGCAAGAUCUUCAAGAACCGAUCAAGCGACGACGGUACUGAAGAUCCAGGCUCACGUAUCCGAUCAUGGAUCAGGGGCCAGCACAACGAGAAGGCCCCUACAGUCACAACAGACGAGACCCCUACAAGUCCUGGAACUGAAGUUGCCUCAACUGCGAGAUUCGUCGGUUUUUCACCGUCACCGUCUGAUGAUCCUGCCUAUCCUGCCUCUCCCGCUGAGGUAGCCGAUACCCAGAUCCACGAGAUGCCUGACACCUCACGACCCCCUGAGCUCCAUGACACAGGCCUCUCACCCAUCGAUAUCAUCCAAAAGUACUCCCACUUUGCCAAAGACGGCAAACCUCGCUCCAUGUCAAAUCCUUCUAGCAACUCUUACUCUAUAGGAGGAGAGCAUGCAAGCACCGUUUCGAGGUCGACAGGACCUCAAUUAUCGCAGCCUGACUCUCCCACAGCAGGUCAUAAUCGCAUGACAUCAGAUGUAUCCGGUGUAAGUGAAAGCGACGGCAAACCCACUCGCGUAACAUCCGAUGUUUCUGGCGUAUCUGAAGGCGAUGCCUUGGCACUCCGGCAUACGACCAUUCCUGUAAGUCCAAGGACCGACGAUGCGAGCUUGCCCUCGCCGCCACUUCCCUCUCCUCCUGCAGACCCAACACCCAAUUCACCCAUUGGUGAAGGGCCAGUAUCCCCUGCACCAGUGUCUCCUCCCAGUGCCGGCGAGGCUCCUGGUCGGGACUACAUCACAGCCAAGGCCUCAGCAAGCCCUAUCCGGAAGAGUAUGUUUAAGGAAAGUGAUGAGGAUAUGGGUCAUUCUAAAUAGAUAUUUUAAUGUGAGAUAAAAUCAGAGGAUGGCGUUUGAAAUGUGGUUUAUGAUGGAACGUAUGGGCAUACAUAUCGAUAUCAGGCGGCAGGACAUUCUUUCACGGGCUCAGCAUUCUAGGAGUACGAUACCUUGGUUUAGGUUCAUGGCGGGAUUACACUCGUUUUGUUGCAAAACAUUCAAUGUCUAUAUACGUUACUUUUGAGUACCUAUAUUCAUAAUAUCCACUCCAUAUGAAAGAG